AUGCGUUACUCAUUCACCAUCACCGCCCUGAGCCUCCUCUCAUCGGCUUUUGCAAUCACCGUCACCACUCCGUCAUCAGACACGGUGUGGGAUUUCUCCACUGCCGAAACUAUCAAAUUCACCAGCAGUUCUAGUGAUCCGUCAGUAAUCAGCAUCAUCCUUCGAAGUCAGGAUGGCUCCUUCCAGACCAAAUUGGCGGAUAACGUCAAGACCUCUGAUGGCGAAUACACGACCCAGCCUAACCCUAGCAUUUCCAACGGAGAUGACUACGAGAUCCAGAUAAUUGACUCUGCUGGCCAGCUUGCCGUCAGUGACGUUUUCACUGUCAAGAAGGGCGCUUCGGAUGAUGGUACCACAUCCUCCUCUUCUUCCACUUCCUCUUCUUCCACGUCUUCUUCCACCACCACCACCUCCUCCUCCUCCACUUCUUCUUCCGCAACAUCCAGUGCGACCAGUUCUACAUCGGUCACUUCCACCCUUACAUCCUCGGCAUCUUCGACACCCACGUCGACUAGUCCUUUGUCUUCCUCAGGCAUGAUGCAACUCCGCACGAUGUUACAAGGCGAUUAUACUAAUACACCUUUUUUCAUCACAGGCUCCACCACCUCUUCUUCCAAGAGCACGUCUUCCAACUCUUCCGACAGUUCAUCCACCAGUGCCUCCGCCUCCGCUCUGCCCUCGACUGCUGCUGCGUCGUCUCAGUUGAGCGUCCCCAAGGGAGCCAUGGCUCUACUCGGUGCAGCUUUUGCGUUCUACGUCUAG